UCUCCUCGAAAUUGGGAGGCAAGAACAUGAGGUCAGCGGCGCAUGACAUGGUCUCUUCGCGUAAAAAUUAAACGCGCUUUGGGAGAGCAUUUUUCUUUCUAUUCGCCGCCUGGCCACGAAGCGUCUGGCUCCCACCUCUAACUCCCAAGCUGGGCUUUUGUCUACUUGCUCAUCGUUUUCUCGUCAGAAAGGAAGAUUCUUGAGGAAAUCACUGGGAGAGAGUUAGGAAAGGAGGAGAUUUCUUAAUUUACUCGGGAUCAGAUCGAAUUAGAUCUUACAACCAGAUCUGCAGUGCCAAGGAGAGAUGGUGAAGGAGACGGAUUACUACGACAUAUUGGGGGUCAGCCCCUUGGCCACCGAGGCUGAAAUAAAGAAGGCAUAUUACAUCAAGGCAAGGCAAGUUCAUCCGGACAAAAAUCCAGAUGAUCCUCUUGCAGCACAAAAUUUUCAGGUUUUGGGGGAGGCCUAUCAAGUACUUAGCGAUCCUUCACAGCGCCAAGCUUAUGAUGCUCUUGGGAAAUCAGGCAUAUCAACAGAAUCUAUUAUCGACCCUGCUGCAAUCUUUGCAAUGCUUUUUGGGAGUGAACUUUUUGAAGAGUACAUCGGUCAGUUAGCAAUGGCUUCAAUGGCUUCACUUGACAUAUUUACUGAAGGGGAGCAAAUAGAUGCUAGAAAACUGCAAGAGAAAAUGCGGGUUGUUCAGAAGGAAAGAGAAGACAAGCUUGCAGAGAUACUUAAAGACCGACUACACGAGUAUGUUAUUGGUAACAAGGAAGCUUUUGUUAGUAAUGCUGAAGCUGAGGUGGCAAAGCUUUCUAAAGCAGCUUAUGGAGUUGAUAUGCUAAACACCAUUGGCUACAUUUAUGCGAGACAAGCUGCAAAGGAGAUAGGAAAAAAAGCAAUAUAUUUAGGUGUGCCAUUUAUUGCUGAAUGGUUUAGAAACAAAGGCCAUUUCAUCAAAUCCCAAGUAACUGCUGCAACAGGUGCGAUAGCUCUUAUGCAGUUGCAAGAGGACAUGAAGAAGCAGCUUAGUACUGAGGGGAACUAUACCGAUGAAGAACUAGAAGAAUAUUUGAGGUCUCAUAAGAAAUUGAUGAUUGACUCCUUGUGGAAGCUCAAUGUUGCGGACAUUGAAGCUACUCUUGUACAUGUUUGUCAGAAGGUUCUUCAAGAGAGUUCUGUUAAGAAGGAAGAACUUAGGGACAGAGCUAAAGGGCUGAAAACUCUUGGAAAAAUCUUUCAGAAGGUGAAGUCAGGCAACGCAAGUGAGAGUGAAGCAACUCUAACUGGUGGUGCUCACAAUUUGAGUGGAAACAUGGAAUACAGUGAUGGUAGCUCACCUUACACAUCACCUAAAUCACCUACUGAACAUCCAUACUAUACAGCUUUUGAAACUCAGUGUCCAUAUGUGGAGGCUCCUCCCUUCACUGGUGCUCAAUGUAGCUACAACUACCCAAUGCCUACCUCACCACCGGGUGCACUAAGACAACCCUGAUCAGGUAGCUACAGGAGAGUAGCUGAACAUUUGUUUUUGUUUUUCUGUUAUAUUGUCAUUGUAAUCAAUUUUUGUGCUAUUUAUUUAAAAUAGUGGGACUUGGUAGUUCGAUUUCUUAGAUUUUUAUCUCACAAAUCUUUUAGGGGGGAGGGGUAUGUCAUGUCAAGUCUCCGCAUUAUGUUUUCAUCAUUUCUUCUUCUUCUUCUACCUCUUUUUCUUUAUAUUUUCCCCUUUUUGUUGUAUUUUCACUUGAACCUUUGCUGCUUGGCUCAGUCAAGGUUUCUUUAUUUGUGAGUGUUGUCAUUGCUUUUACUUGCAGAUGGGGAUUGCAUUGUACAUAUUUGCAUUAUAGUUAAUUGCACGCUUUUGAUUUUUUUAGUUUC